AUGUCAAGGCGCGCCCAGCAAGCACCCGUGGAGGUCAUACAGGAUGAAGUCGAAGAGGAAGAGAUCUUAAGUGAAACCGGAGAGGGCGACGAGAUUAUGGAGGACAUAGAUGAACAAAGAGAUGGCGACAGUUCUUCCACUCCUACAUCGACAUUGACUUGGAUCAGCUGGUUUUGCUGUUUGCCGGGACAUGAAUACUUCUGCGAGGUCUCCGAAGAUUUCAUCGAAGAUGACUUUAAUCUUACCGGACUAAAUUUGGUGGUUCCAUUUUGGAAGGAAGCUAUGGAGAUGGUUCUGGAUGUCGAACCGGAUGAAGAUACCACAAAAAUUCCUGAUGUGUCGAUAGUCGAAGCAUCAGCUGAGUUAUUAUAUGGUCUUGUUCACCAGCGCUACGUCCUGACAAGAGCAGGGCUGCAAGCAAUGGUCGACAAGUAUGAAGGGGGCAUGUUUGGUUCAUGCCCACGAGUCUAUUGUCAUGGGUGUAAUGUCUUACCGUGCGGGCGAUCGGAUCUCCCUGGCCUUGACACAGUGAAGCUCUUCUGUCCAAACUGCAAUGACAUUUACACACCACCUAGUAGCCGAUUCCAAGGAGUAGAUGGCGCCUUCUUUGGAACCACCUUUGCACACCUUUUCUUCCAGAGCUACCGCGAACUUGCCCCGGCACCAUUCUGGAAGCCUCCUUCACCCUCUAGCUCCUCCGUAUCCCCCAGAUCUUCGGGUGGCUCACCGUCGCACACCUCGCCCUUCAUCAAUCCGAAUCCUUAUGGCGGCCAAAAACAAGCAGAGGGCAGAAUUUAUGUGCCUAAAAUUUAUGGAUUCAAAGUUAGCGAGAGGGCGAAGAGCGGUCCGCGAAUGCAAUGGAUGCGGCUCAGGCCUUGGAGUGCGGAGGAGCUGGAAGAUGUUGACUGGAAGGGGAGGUGGCUUGACGAUGAUGAAGAUUAUGAAGAGGACGAUGAUGACAUCGAUGAUGACAGGCCCAUGGAAGACUUUGCAGACACAGUCGACGGUCCAGACGACGAUGAGGAGGAGGAGGAAGAGGAGGAACUACAAGAACCGUCUUCAAGCAUGAGGACCCGGACUGUGGUUCAUUCUGUGUCGGCGCCCUCUCUGCGACCACCCACACCUGUCGACAAAUCUCCAUCUUCAUCUCCAUAUAUGCCGCAUGGCCGAAGUGCUCGGCCACUCGUCGAACAAUUCUCUCCUGGGGGGUCCAAGGAAUGCGAAUGUAUAGACCUCCGUUACGGCCUGAACAAGGGUCACCCCACGACGCCGAUCGCAAAGAGUGUCCGCCCCAGCCAGCGUAAGGGCAUCCAGUCUGAACGCACGAAGGUCGUGCGCUCUGUUGUACGGGAAGUAGCGGGCUUCUCGCCAUAUGAGCGUCGGGUGAUGGAGCUGCUGAGAAACUCGAAGGACAAGAAGGCAAGGAAAUUGACCAAGAAGCGGCUCGGUACGCUUCUGCGCUCGAAGCGCAAGCUGGAGGAGCUUGGAACGAUCAUCCAGGAGAGCAGGAGGACAGGUCACUAA